AUGGAGCGUACUGUAAUCCGCUCUAUAAGUUAUGAUUCAUUAACAUCGUCCGUAUGUGAAAUUGAAGCUGAUCUAUUGAACUUUACAGAUAAUGUUAUUCAAUUGUGGGGUUCAUGUAAUGGCAUGGUUUGCAUAUAUCCUUCUGGUACUGGUUCUGGGAUAAUCUUUUGUCUUUUGAAUCCAGCAACCAGAGAAUACAGGGUGACACGAACUCCCACAAAACCACUUUUUUUGUGUCUAUGUGGUUUAGAUUAUGAUCGUCAAGCCGACGAUUACAAGUUGAUAGUUGGGGAUGACUUUGAUGGAUACAGGUUUAGUUCCGAAGUUCAAGUCUAUUCAUUAACAUCAAACUCAUGGAAAACCAUUCCAACCAUACCUUAUACUUUUCCUUAUAGUCGAGUAUCUGGUGUGCUUUUGAACGGGUACCUUCACUGGUUAGCCCUAUCCGAAAAUUCUUCAAAAGUAAUAGUUUCUUUCGAUUUGAGCGACGAGAGGUUCAAAGAAGUGCAACUACCAGAAUUUUUUUGGAAAUACGAUGAGUAUUUGAUUGAAAGUUUGGGAGUUUCAAAAGGGUGCCUUGGGUUACUUGUUAAUCAUGAAGUCUGGUUGAUGCUGGAUUAUGGUGUUGAAGAAUCUUGGACGAAAUCCUACAUCAUUACUCAUGAGAGCAUUGUCAAGGGCCUUUUCUUUUCACCGCUGAUAUGGUCUUUUGAGAAUGGGAAGCUUCUAUUCCUUAGUUCUGGUACGCUAGUUUUGUAUGAUCCAGAAGAUGAAAGUGCUAGAGAACCAAAUGUCCACAACAUUGCAUUCAAGAGCGGUGCGGAUUAUUUUGAAAGCUUGGUUUCUCUGCAUUCUGGUACUUAUGUUGGGGGAGAUGGUCGAAUAGAGGAAUUAAGAGAAUCCUGA